AAACAAGAGAGAGAGAGAGUGAGAUAGAGAGAGAGAGGGAGACGGUGGCAGUCUGCGACGGUGGCAUUGUUGUUAAAAAUGGCGGAUUACUUAAUGCUUGCUUCGCUUUUCGCUUCCCUUGUCGGAUUUAUAUUCUUCUACAUAUGUUUUUCCAUUAGAAUUGGACGUCCUCUUGCUGCCGGAGGUACUAACCACAAAUCGGCAUCGGUCACAACGAAAUCAACCUCUAUCAACGGAGAAUGCAGAUCCGGAGAUGAAACCGACGUCAUUAUCGUCGGCGCCGGGGUUGCCGGUGCUGCUCUCGCAUAUACUCUCGCCAAGGACGGACGCCGUGUACAUGUGAUUGAAAGAGACCUGACAGAGCCUGAUCGAAUUGUUGGUGAGCUCCUACAACCAGGUGGCUAUCUCAAACUGAUGGAGUUGGGACUGGAAGAUUGUGUGGAAGAUAUUGAUGCUCAGAGGGUGUUUGGAUAUGCUCUUUUCAAGGAUGGGAAGAAUACUCGACUCUCGUAUCCUUUGGAGAAAUUUCAUGCAGACGUGGCUGGCAGAAGCUUUCACAAUGGCCGAUUCAUACAGAAAAUGCGGGAAAAAGCUUCAUUGCUUCCCAAUGUUCGCUUGGAGCAAGGAACAGUGUCAUCUCUUCUUGAAGAAGGAGGUACCAUUAGGGGUGCUAUUUACAAGACCAAAAAUGGCAAAGAGAUGAAAGCAUAUGCACCUCUUACCAUUGUAUGUGAUGGCUGUUUUUCAAACCUGAGGCGCUCCCUUUGCAAUCCUCAGGUGGAUGUGCCUUCUUGUUUUGUUGGUUUGGUCCUGGAGAACUGCAAACUGCCAUAUGAAAACCAUGGGCAUGUUGUUUUAGCAGACCCAUCACCUAUCCUGUUUUACCGCAUCAGUAGUACAGAAAUUCGUUCUCUAGUUGAUGUACCUGGUCAAAAGGUGCCCUCCAUUUCAAAUGGUGAUUUGUCCAACUAUCUAAAGACCGUUGUUGCUCCUCAGAUCCCUGUAGAGUUGCAAGAUGCUUUCAUAGCAGCAAUUGACAAAGGAAACAUAAGGACAAUGCCAAACAGAAGUAUGCCAGCUGCUCCUCAGCCAACUCCAGGUGCUUUGUUAAUGGGUGAUGCAUUCAACAUGCGCCAUCCUUUGACUGGUGGAGGAAUGACCGUGGCGCUGUCUGAUAUAGUUGUGCUACGGGAUCUUCUCAGACCUCUCCGUGAUCUCCACGAUUCAUAUACUCUCUGCAAAUAUCUCGAGUCCUUUUACACUCUGCGAAAGCCCGUGGCAUCUACAAUCAAUACAUUGGCGGGAGCAUUGUAUAAGGUAUUUUGUGCUUCACCUGAUAAAGCAAGACAAGAAAUGCGAGAAGCAUGCUUCGACUAUCUGAGCCUUGGAGGCGUGUUCUCAAAUGGACCUGUGGCUUUGCUCUCGGGCUUAAACCCUCGCCCCUUGAGUCUGGUUAUACACUUCUUUGCUGUGGCAAUAUACGGUGUUGGCCGCUUGUUGCUUCCUUUUCCCUCCCCAAAACGAAUGUGGAUUGGCGCUAGAUUGAUUUCGGGUGCCUCUGGAAUCAUCUUUCCAAUCAUCAAGGCAGAAGGAGUUAGGCAGAUGUUCUUCCCUGCAACAGUGCCUGCAUAUUACAGAGGUCCUCCUCCUCAUCCUCCUCAAUGAGGUAUUCUAAAACCAGUGAUUGUAGCAUGACAAUAUUAAUAAAAGAUGACAUGUUCCAUAUAUAGUUUUGGUGGUGCUCAUAUUCUCGUUGGGAUUAAUGGGUACAAUCUUGUUUUGUAAUCGUCCGCUCGGAUUUGGUACUCGGACUGAACUGGACAUGACUGGAUAAACGGGUUUUAGGGUUUUAGUUUGACAUGGGUAGUUUGGUAAUUUGUC